UCCCGGUGUACGUCGGCGCGUACCUGCGUCCGCAUCCGGCUCCGGACGCUUGCGAUCUUAGUGCGACCCAACCUGGAGGGCUAAUUGCAGACCUCCACAUGUUGGACCAUGGGAUUCCACAGAGAAUGAGCCUCCCAGUCUUCUUUCAGUAGUAAGCCGUUCUUCCCAGCUGCUCUCCUACCAUCCGCUGCCCUCAUGUCUACCAUACUCCUGAAUUUGGACUUUGGGGAACCUCCAAAAAAGGCGUUUGGAGGAAAUGCCAAACACCAACGUUUUGUUAAGAAGCGACGGUUCUUGGAACAGAGAGGAUUUCUGAAGAGAAAUAACCAACUUCCUAGCAAGGUGUCUAAAUUGCACUCAGAACCUCUAAAGAAAAGGGAAGCGUCUUCAAAAGUAGAUGGCAUUUUGAAGAUCCUUCCAUGCCCAGAAAAGAAGGAGGAAGCUGCUUCCAAAAGGGAGUCAGAGCAGUCCACAGACAAGAAAGCAUCGUUGUCUUGGCUGACCCCUGCUCCUUCAAAGAACACUGAUUCUGUUGUGGCUAAAAUCGAUUUGCUAGGGGAGUUUCAGAGUGCCCUUCCAAAGAUUAAGAGCCGUCCAGCUCACGCUCAGAAGAAGGGCUCCAAGAAGAAGCCCUUGAAGAAAGGUGCCACAGAGAAUUCCACCCAAACUCCUUCAGAGAGUAAGGGCUCCAAGAAGCCCGCACAGAAGAGUGCUGCACAGAACUCCACCCAAGCUCCUCUGGAGAAUAAAGGCUCCAAGAAGAAGAAGAAGAAGUCCUCAAAGAAAAAUGCUGCGCAAAGAUCCACCGACGCGCGUUCAGAGGAUAAGUGCCUUAAAGUCUCCCAAAACUUGCCAGGGAAGAUGGUGGCAGUCGACUGUGAAAUGGUGGGCACAGGACCCAAGGGGCGUGUUAGUUCCUUGGCCCGGUGCAGCAUUGUGAACUACAACGGGGAUGUGCUUUAUGAUGACUACGUCCUCCCCCCCUGCCACAUUGUGGACUACCGGACCAGAUGGAGCGGCAUCCGAAAGUGCCACAUGGCUAAAGCUACACCCUUUAAGAUUGCUCAGAGUCAGAUCUUGAAGAUACUCAAGGGGAAGAUAGUGAUCGGACAUGCCAUCCACAAUGACUACAAAGCCCUACAGUACUUUCAUCCCAAGUCCCUCACCCGAGACACUUCCCAAAUACCACUCCUCAACCGGAAGGCUGACUGCCCAGAGAAUGUCACUUUGUCAUUGAAGCAUCUCACCAAGAAACUGCUGCAUCGGGACAUCCAGGCUGGAAAAAGUGGACAUUCCUCAGUGGAAGAUGCCCAGGCCACCAUGGAGCUGUACAAGUUGGUUGAAGUUGAAUGGGAACAGCACCUGGCCCAGAAUCCUCCAGAAAAUUAGCAAUCCCAGGGAGACACACGCAGUAGCCCAAACCACAGUUCUGCCAGCUGCACAUCUGCAGAAGUUAGAAUUGUUGAAGAGAGGGACUUCACCAGAGACCUAAUACCCAUUGAAAUUUCAUCUCCGC